GGCUCUCCGCUACCACUCUCCUUCCACUCCCCUCCCCUCAUCCUCCCUCAGAUAUACUACAGCACAGAGGAAAAAAAAUCUGAUCAAGCUUUUCCGGUCUGCUAGCCCUAAUUUCCUCUCAAGACCUCUGGCGUUGGCAGAGCCGAGCAGACAGGGAGAGAUCCUGGUCGAGGAGCAGCGAAGAGAAACCGGCACAAUUAACGCGUCGCACCACAACCCCGCACGCCUCUGUACGGUUACUCCUGCGUAGGAUAAUGCAUCAUGUCCUUGGUGUAAUGUGCCCGGGAAGGAGGAGUGUGUGAGGGGAGAGCAGAAUGGUUCGGCGGAUGGGAGCGCGGCCGCUCCGUGCUCUCCCAUCCGCGCGUCUCUCCGUCUCCGUGAAUCCGCCACAUCGCGCCCGCCGAUGCCCGUCCUCCUCUCCGCCGCCAGCUGCACUCACGUCCGGGUAUUUGUCCGUCUCGUCAUUACAUAACUCAGCGUCUUUGUCGCUCGCACUGAAUUAAUUUUCCUAAAAGCCAGGAGUGGGAUAGACACAUCGUGUUUGCCGCCCCAGCAGCAGGAGCAGCAAGCGGCAGCAGCAGGCGGCGACGCGGCAGCGGCUCCCCGAGCUGGAUUUAAAGCCGGACUGUGCAGCCUUUGCUGUCGUGGACUGAAGGACCAGCAGGAGGACACAUAAAGGGUGGAAACCUGAGUACAGCGGUGAUGCGAGCUCACUCCGAGAGGAUUUCACUGGUGUUCUGCCAGAAGCAUCUGGAAAGGAUAACACAGGGAUACACUCCCCCUCCAGAGGACCAGAGGGUAAUUCACAUCUCAGACAUUUCAGUGUUUCAGCUCUGAGUGUCUUUCAGCUAAAACCCUAAUGUGAAGUUGGAUUAAUCACGCUGACACUUAAAACCUCCGCCUGCUCUGAGCAGCACAGUUUAGGUUCAUAAGAUUCCCACUUGGCACCAGUGGUUUGGACAUGUUGGACAACUGGUGCACCCAGUAAGUGAUUAAAGGACAAGCAUCCUCACCAGACACCAGUACAGAUAAGUAAUCCUACAAGGUUCCCUCGUAGCUAUGCAGUGAAGAUGUGUGCAGCCAGGUUCAGUGGCUGCCUCAAUGGCUGUGCCGAUGAGGCCGCUGGUGGAGCCGCGGGGGCUGCUGGUCCGGUCACAGCCUCCAGGAUGCUGGACUGGACAGAGGCCGGUCCCCGCAUCCUCCACAGCCUGGAGAUGGGGACGGUGAUGACCAUCUUCUACCAGAAGAAGUCCCAGAGGCCCGAGAGGAGAACCUUCCAGAUAAGGCAGGACACGCGGCAGAUAGUGUGGAGCAGAAACCCUGACAAAAUUGAAGGAGAGGUUGACAUACGAGAGAUCCGGGAGCUGCGGUUGGGGAAGGGCUCCCGUGAUUUUGAGCGCUACCCGGAGGAGGCCCGUAAACUGGACUCCGCCCACUGCUUCAUCGUACUCUAUGGCCUGGAGUUUCGCCUCCGGACGCUCAGUGUUGCUGCCUUCAGCGAGGAGGAAGUCAACAUGUGGAUCACUGGUCUCAACUGGCUGAUGAUUGACACUCAGAGAGCACCUGCACCACAACAGAUAGACAGGUGGCUAAGGAAACAGUUUGAGGUCAUGGACAGGAACCACGAGGGCAGCAUCACAGUGAAGGAUGUAAAAGCUCUGCUGCCUCAGGUCAACUACAGAGUCCCCAACAUGCGCUUUCUUAAAGACAAGCUGCAGGAGGUGGAGGCCAGGAGCGACCUGUCCUACCCCAAUUUCUCACAGCUCUACAGAACGCUGAUGUUUGACGCACAGAAGAGUAUUAUUGAGCAGCUGGAGCUCUCCUUCCCUUUGCGGAAUGUUGACAGACCAGAGCUUUGUCAGAUCUCCCUCUACGACUUCCAGAAGUUUUUACAGAUGGACCAGAAGGAGUCCUGGGCGUCAGAUCUGAGUCGUGUCAGAGAGUUCCUUACGGGGUACAUGAGGGGCGGACCGCAGUCUGAACCCAUGCUACAACUUGAUGAGUUCCUGACGUUCCUAUUCUCCAAAGAGAACUCUGUAUGUGACCCUCGACUCUCCCCUGUUGUUGCUGAUGACAUGAAAAGGCCGCUGUCUCAGUACUGGAUCUCCUCUUCACACAACACCUACCUGACAGGUGACCAGUUUUCCAGUGAAUCAUCUCUAGAAGCCUACGCCCGCUGCCUCAGGAUGGGCUGCCGCUGCAUUGAACUGGACUGCUGGGACGGACCUGACGACCUGCCCAUCAUCUACCACGGUCACACGUUAACCUCCAAGAUCAAAUUCCUGGAUGUGCUGCACACCAUCAAAGAACACGCCUUCGUCACAUCAGAGUAUCCUGUGAUCUUGUCCAUUGAGGACCACUGCAGUGUGGUCCAACAGAGGAACAUGGCCACUCACUUUAAGAAGGUGUUUGGAGAUCUGCUGCUCACCAAGCCAGUCGAUAACAGCGCAGAGGAGCUUCCCUCACCGUACCAGCUCCGCAGGAAGAUCCUCAUCAAGCACAAGAAACUGGUGGAAGGCACGCUUUAUGAGGAGGUGACAUCAGCCAGCUACUCCGAGAAUGACAUCAGCAACUCUCUGAAGAACGGCAUCCUUUACCUGGAGGAUCCCAUCGACCACACGUGGACUCCACACUAUUUUGUCCUGACCAGUAACAAGAUUUACUACUCAGAGGAAACGUCUCACUACCAGACAGCUGAUGAAGAGGAGGACGAUGAAGGAAAAGACGAGUGUAACAACAACGAUCAGCACUGUGCAGAGCGCUGGUUCCACGGGAAGUUGGGUGGAGGGCGUGACGGCAGACAGGUGGCUGAGAAGCUCCUGCAGGAGUACUGCGAGGGCGGAGCCAAAGACGGCACCUUCCUGGUUCGGGAGAGUGAGACGUUUGUGGGAGACUACACCCUCUCCUUCUGGCGCUCUGGUCGGGUCCAACACUGCAGGAUCCAUUCACGUCAGGAGUCCGGCUCCACCCGCUUCUACCUGACUGACAACCUGGUGUUUGACAGCCUCUACCGCCUCAUCUGCCACUACAGAGACACGCCUCUGCGCUGCAACGAGUUUGAGAUGAGGCUGGGCAACCCUGUGCCUCAGCCCAACGCACACGAGAGCAGAGAGUGGUACCACUCCAGUCUGUCUCGUGUUCAGGCUGAACACAUGCUGAUGCGUGUCCCCAGAGACGGAGCGUUCCUGGUGCGAAAACGCAGCGAACACAACUCGUAUGCCAUCUCCUUCAGAGCGGAGGGGAAGAUCAAACACUGUCGCAUCCAGCAAGAAGGCCGUCUCUUCAUGUUGGGCAGUUCAGCAGAGUUUGAGAGUCUGGUGGACCUUGUGAGCCACUAUGAGAAACAUCCUCUGUACCGCAAGAUGAGGCUCCGCUACCCCAUCAACGAGGACACAUUGGACCGCAUGGGCACCACAGAGCUCGACUACGGUGCGCUGUAUGAGGUCCGCACUCCUCACUUCUACGUGGAGGCCAAUAAGAUGCCCACAGCACGGUGUACGGUCAAAGCUCUGUAUGACUAUCGAGCUCAGAGGGAAGACGAGCUCUGUUUCCCAAAACAGGCGCUCAUCCUCAAUGUGGAUAAGCAGGAGGGCGGCUGGUGGCGAGGUGACUACGGAGGAAAGAAGCAGCUGUGGUUUCCUGCAAACUACGUGGAGGAGGUUCCCAGUUCUCCCACCAGAGAGCUGGACGAAGCAUCUACAGAGAACAGUCCACUGGGAACAUUCCUCAAAGGCUUCAUCGAUGUACCCACCUGUCAUGUCGUGGUGCACAAGGAUGGGAAGAAUUCGCGGCCCUACGUGUUCACGAUCCACUCCCAGCAGCUGACGUCUCACCCAGUUCAGACCCUGGAUGUGGCAGCCGACAGUCUGGAGGAUGUGACCAGCUGGGUCAGCAAGAUCAGAGAGGCCACACAGAACGCUGACGCACGGAUGCAGGAGGAGAAGCAAAUGGAGAGGAGGAAGAAGAUCGCAGUGGAGCUGUCUGAGCUUGUGGUCUACUGCAGACCUGUCCCCUUCAACGAGGACAAGAUCGGGACAGAGAGGGCGUGUUACCGAGACAUGUCGUCAUUUCCAGAGACAAAGGCAGAGAAGUUUGCAACGCGCAGCAAAGGGAAACGCUUCCUGCAGUACAACCGUCGUCAGCUUUCCAGAGUUUAUCCACGAGGACAGAGGCUGGACUCGUCCAACUACGACCCGCUGCCCAUGUGGCACUGUGGCUCCCAGCUGGUCGCACUCAAUUUCCAGACUCCAGAUAAACCCAUGCAGCUGAACCAGGCCUUGUUCAUGCUCGGAGGUGGCAGUGGCUUCGUCCCCCAGCCUGAUGUCAUGAGGGACGAUGCCUUUGACCCUUUCGACAAAGACACCCUACACGUGGAGCCAAUCACCAUCCAGUUACAGGUGCUGGGAGCCCGUCAUCUGCCUAAGAAUGGCCGCAGCAUCGUCUGUCCCUUUGUGGAGGUGGAGAUCUGUGGAGCUGAUUAUGACAGCUACAAGUGCAAAACAGAUGUUGUAGCUGAUAACGGUCUGAAUCCUGUGUGGGUGCAGAAGCAGUUUGUGUUUGACAUCCACAACCCUACCUUCUCAUUUUUACGCUUCACUGUCUACGAGGAGGACAUGUUCAGUGAUCCUAACUUCCUGGCGCAGGCGACCUUCCCUGUCCGUCUGCUACGAACAGGCUACAGGAGUGUCACUCUGAGGAACAGCUACAGUGAAGAGCUGGAGCUGGCAUCACUUCUGGUCCAUAUAGAGAUUGUCAAUGCAAAGGAGGAAGACGAUGAAAACCUAUACAUGUCCAUCCAGCGGCUGCGGGAUCGAACCAGCGAGCUGUCCAGCCAGGUUUCCCUCCUGGAGAGGUCGGGCUCGGGGGAUCUCAGCUACCAGCAGAGUCUGGAGGAACUCAGAGCAGCUCAGGACCAGCUGAGUGAGCUGGUGGAGGCGCGAAACCGCAGGCUGAUGGAGAAGAAGAGGAGGGAGAAGCUGAGGCAGCAGGUGGCAGCGAAGCGCAGCUAAUCCUCCCGUCCAUCAGAGAGUGCUACACUCACACAAACGGUGCCUGACACUCGCUGCCACCAGAGCUGUGCAGCAUCAGCCUGAGGAGACAACAGGCUCUCUGCGGUGGCAACAUGCAAUCCAUUUAUAACUGGAAAUAGAAACAUGUUCUGUCAAGAUAAACAUGUGAGACGUUAAAGCACCGAGCUGAACAGCAGAGCAAAAAGUGACAAACAGAAGCAUCUCAUGGACUAAAAGUAAAACCUCACAAAACUAAGCUAUAAAAACAAUCAUGGACUCAUGACUGAAACACAUUAAGAGUAAACUGGAGAUGAGUUCCUUCUGAUGAUUUCAGGAAAACAAUGUAGACAGAGAGGGGAAGAGUCAAGGGACAGAUUUCUAAAUGUUGUCACUAUGACAACUAAAGCUCAAACAAUUAGUUGAUUAAUUGAUCAGCAGAAUAUUAAUAUGCAACAAUUUUGAUAAUGGAUUAAUUAUGUAAGUCAUUUUUAAGCUGCUUUUUCUCUGUUAUGUGAUCAUAAACUCAUAAUUUUUGUGUUUUGGACUGUUGGCCAGACAGAACAAGCUAUUUGAAGAUGCCACCUUGAUCUUCAGGAAAUAUUAACACUCCAGUGUCUACGAUUUAGGAGGAUAUACAGGAAUAAAUGGAAUAUAAAAUAGUAAUUAUAUUUUCUCUGGUGUAUAAUCACCUGAAACUAAGAAUUAUUGUGUUUUUCUUAUCUUAGAAUGAGCUGUUUAUAUUUACAUAGGGAGCAGAUCCUCAUGUGCGGAGUCCGUCAUGUUGCACCACCAUGUUUCUACAAUAGCCCAGAACAGACAAACCAAACGCUGGCUCUAGAGAGGGCCAUAAGUGUUUUAGCAUCAGCCACCGCAUUUAGCAGCCCCACCGCGAUGAGUCAGACUGUCGGAGAAACACCAAUUUUUAAUGUAAAAUGUCUUUAUUCCGUGUUUAUACUGGUUUAAAUGACCUUUUCCAUUUGUUUUGGAGAGGAAAACCCUCUGCGGAUCAUUUCAGCUACCGUUGAAAACCUCCUAAACGUCCGGAUCUUAAGUUAUCAGAGAAAAAAAGGUGCGCAUAGAUUAGCAGUUGCUGGGCUAGCAGCUCAUCUGCAACAUGCUGAAGACUUAUUUGUAGCGUGAAACUGCUUUAUUCAGUGUUUUUACAGGCUUUAAUCAUCAUCAUCAUUUGUUACGGAGAGGGAGAGACCUCGGCGGGUGAUUUGGCUCCCAGUAAAAAGCUCUUGAACAAUGAACACUGAGGAAUCCUGAUUGGGAGUUCACGCUUGGCACAUGGGAGAAGUUUCAGCUGGUUGCAAUCUGCAAACUCCUCACAGCUAGAUGCCAGUAAAUCCUACACACUGCUCCUUCAACAGACCUUUUUGACUACUUUAUGACAUUUUAUCGACCAAACAAUCUGUCAGUUAAUCGAGAGAAUAAUCAUAAGUUGCAGAUCUGAUCGUGAUGAGUAGGUGUGGUUAAGUUUUAGACAUGUCAUAUAGUGAAUGUCAGAUGAUUAUCAUAAGUGUGUGGCAGGCCAGCUGCCACUACAACAAAAGUCAACAAUAGAGCUUAAACGUGACACUUUCAGCACAUUCUGUACAACAGAAGAUUAAAGGUGUCCAACAGAAUGAUGAUUACAAGAAAAAAAAACCUGCUUAGAAAAAAAAAAUCAAUGACUUUGUCCUGUGAUCAGGUCUGAUUUAACCUUAGUGUAGAUGGCAUUACAGUGCACCUUAAAAACUGAAGUUUGAAGCUUAUCAUGUUCACUCUUACUGUGUUUUGGUCUUUAGUAAGAAAAGCAGGAUAUAAGGGAGAAGAAAACUCAGGUUACACAAAUGGAUGGAAUUAAACUAUCUGGAUGGAAAAGAAGGGAGCAGUGGGCACAUGUAGCAAAAAAGUUAAUAUCAUGUAUGUGCCUUUGAUGUGUUGCGCUUUGUAGAGUAUAAUUACUCGAAGAAAAAGAAAACUUUAUCUACAACUGGAAUAGUGGCCCUUUAAGGGAAAACUACUAACAAACUGGAGGAGGAAUCGUUUGGCUCAGACCACUACUCAUGAAAUGGGUUGAAAGGGAUUCAAAGACUGAAGUCUGUUCUGCCUAAUCAAGACCAAGUCCUUUUAUUUGGGUGACCACAUGAACUCUGACCCCAGGUGGCAAUGGGCUCCUGACACAUAAUGUUCCCGUUCUAACUGGGAGAGCACAAACUGGACGAACAAAUCCUCACCAAACCACACAGAGAAGAUCUUUUAAUACUUCUUCAAAGGGCUCUAAAUAUAUCUGUACUACCUUCAAAGAGGCACAAGAACAGCGAGCGGGGGAGAGAGGAAGACCACAAUCCUCACAGUGCCCCCUGGAGCUCACCUGCACAGGGGCUCAGGUGUGUUUGUGACAGCGGGACACACAUACACACACACACACACACACACACACACACACACACAC